UUUUUCGUUUUUGGAAAAAAAGGAUGAUUUUGCAUGUACCGGAUGUGGAUUGCAAUAGGAAUUGUAGUGCACGAUAAACAGUGACCAGUAAUCAUGUCCUGGCCAAACAGCUGGCCCCCGGCGCAACAUCAACAGCAGCAGCAAGGGUUUGUUCCAGCGUAUCCGCCACCGAACCAAGCUGCUGUAGCACCAGCAGUAGGUGCUACAAUUCCGCCUGCUGACUACGGGGGGAUUAGCCCCUACAAUCAAUGGCAAUGGCAGCAGUAUCAGCAGCAGUAUGCCCAGUGGCACGCACAGUAUGGAGAACAGUAUGCCAGACAAACGGGGCAGCCGCUUCCUCCCGUGGUCGCUCCUUUGCCACAGGCAACACCCGCAGUACCUUCGAACGCGUUCCCAGCAAUGCCUGCCGUGGUGCCAGUGGUAUCCCCUUUUCCCCCCAUGAACAUCGUUGCGCCUCCACCACCGUCGGAACCGCACCCGGAUGAGCUGAAGGCCAACAAGGAUCAACAAAAACCUCCUCCACCGGAAGAGAUGAGCCCCGAGGAGAUUGCCUUCGAUCUACAAUUCAAGAACUGGGAGCAGGAGUUUGAGGUAUGGAAGCGGAACAACAGUAACCACCCGGACAAGGCUGCGUACAGGGAGUACGAGCAAAAGUGCAUGGAAUGUCGCCGGAAGUUACUAGCGCGCCGUGAGCAGCUCAGACGUGAUAGAAUCGAGAAAAAACGAUUGCUUACGAACAACGUAGUGGCUAAACCUCCUCAGCCGCCGCCACCACCACCACCUCCACCGGAACCGGAAGAUAGUAACAGGACAUCGUCAAAGCCGGAGAACGCUGCUGCUCCGUUUGAAAGUGUCUUCAAUCACGUCACAUCAUCGGGCGGUGCUAAAAGUGCCGGCAUUCCUGGGUUGGAUUUGAUCGACGAGCACACUCCACCACAGCCCAAGAAGCCAAAGUUGGAGCCCGACCAUGAGGUGGUGGAAACAAUCGAUCUUGUAGCAAGCGAACAGCCAGAGACCCGGAAUGGAAUGAGCCAUAAUUCGAAUUCCGAGAGCAAUGCCAAUACGAUCAGUUCCUUGCUGAAUGAUCCGAAGGUAAAUGCACUUUUGCAGCUGGUUGGUAAUACUAUGGCAGCAAAUAGUAACAGUGCAGGAGAAAAUGGUGCAGCAGCCAAUCCUUUGAUUGCUGCCUUAGCUCAGCUGACAAAGCAACCACUGAAUGUUUCGGCCGCAGGUGGUGCUUUCACGAAAAGCCCUACGAGCGGACCGUCGCGAAGCGAUACAAAUACGUCCGAUGUAGAAAAUAGUCAAUUUGCGAAUGGCAAUAACCAGAUGCCAUCAAAUAGUCAAAGUGCUGGUAGGGCCAUGCCGGACAAUAGAGAGGGGCUUCCGGAUUUCAAUCCUUAUGUCCCGCCACCUAUGAUCGAUGUCUCGCAACCGCCGCCAUUUAUGCGUGGAAAUCAGAAACCGGCGGCGAAACAGCAGCCUCAACGUGGUAAUCGCUGGAAUCGGAGUCAUUCGGAUAGCACCAAACCGUUAGAGAGAGGUGAUGGGCCACCGUUGUCAAAAAUAGGCCGCUUCGAUAAGCCUCCACCAGCGUUUGGAAUGUCACAAAACUAUCGCAUCGAUCCGGACCUUGGACGGCCGGUGGCCGUCCCGAAACCUGGCUGGAUGACCGAGGACGAGUAUCAGGAGAUCUACGAGCGUUACGAGGAUAUCCAGAGUUUCGAAGAGCGCAAGAAUAAAAUGGAAUUGGCCAUUCAGGUGCUGCGGCAAAAUAAAAUUCGAGCUGGAAAGCUAGCGGCCCCCGAUAGGCCGUCAGGCUCAGGGCAUGCAGUGCACGGUGGAAUUCCACGGCCAAUAAUGCUGGAGAACAUUAAACGCGAAUCGCCUGACGAGUACUUCCAACCGAAGCAAGUAUUUGAUUACAGCAACUGUCGAACUCCGAUCCAAGCUAACCACGAGGCGCCUAGCGGUCGGGUGAUCGAUUAUGGUCACCAAGGCCCUGCCGGUUCUUCCUAUCGUUCGCCAAAUAACCGGCAAAGUGUACAAUCGAGGUUACGUAAUGUGAACCAUAAUGUUCGGGGAGCGGUUGAAAGCGACUUUGUUGCCAAUACUAGGCGAUUCGACUACAAUCAUUCAAGCGUAACAAGUGCGCCGCCGGUCCCAAACAGCAAUAAUACAUCACAGUGGCCAAUUGCAAAUCAGAAUGCUCAAGGGCUCGAUGGUUCUGUUUCCAGCCUUCAGCGCUUAGCAGAAAUGCAUCUGAAUCCAAAUCCCGAGGAAAGCAACCCGCACUAUCCGUGCAAGUUCAUCCUGAUGAACGAUAAUCGGCCCAAACAUCUCAGGACCAAGCGGGGCAAGCGCCCAUCAUCGAUUAGAAAGCAAAAGCUGAGGCAACUCAAAGAACAACAGGAGAAACAACAACAACAGCUGCAGCAGCAAUCGCCGCAGCAGCAACAGCAGGGACAUGAUGCGAAUGAAAACAACAUUAGCGCACCAAAGCAGGAACCAGCUGUUGAACUGGGUUUAGAAGAACUGAGUUCUGAUAAUGACAUUGAUGAUGAGGGUACAGAUUGGGUCCCUGACAGCAAUGAUGAGGCAGCGUCUGGUGGUGUGCAACAGCAUGAAUCAGAACAGCAACCGCUGCCACAGCAGCAACAGCAACAACCGCAGCAACAGCAGCAGCCGGAGCAACAGCAACAACCGCAGCAACCGCAGCAACAAAAGGAGCAACAGGAGGAACUACAACAUCAGCUGAAACUGCAAAGAAAUGAACAGCAAAACGAAAGCUCAAAGGUUGCAGUGUUUUCCCGAUUUUCACAGCAAUAUUCCGCUCCACGGAUGAUGGAUAUCGAGGAUUUGCUGUUACCACCGGGAAGGCUAACGCGCGCACCUCGCAUCUGCAUGCUUAUCCGAGGAUUACCAGGCAGCGGCAAAUCGCAUCUUGCACGAUUGAUAAAAAACAAAGAGCAAAUCUUUGGUCCCUCGCCUCGUGUGCUUAGUUUGGAUGAUUACUUUCUGGUAGAUAAAGAGGUGGAAGAGAAGGAUCCUGUCAGUGGGAAGAUGGCAAAGGUUUCACGGCAGGUGUACGAGUUCGACGGCGAAAUGGAAGAGAUUUACGUACAGCAUUUGAUAAAAGCGUUCAAACGGACCAUCUCGGAGCGACUGUUCAACUUUGUAAUUGUCGAUUGUUGCAAUCAUCAGUUGAGUUACUAUCUGGAAUUUCAUAACUACGCUAGAAGUAAUGGAUUUAAGGUCUACACGUGCACCAUGCAGACAGAUGUAGACGUCUGUGCCAAGCAGAAUAUUCACGGUCGAACGGAAGCAGAGAUUCAAGCGUAUGCCGAUAACUGGGCCAUGGCUCCUGAUGAGCAUAUGCAGAUCAACUUCAACGCACUCCUUGAACCGGAGCAAACGGAUUCGAACGCCAACGUAACCGACAUGGACAUUGCAGGCGACGAUGAAUCCAUCCCGGAUCAGGAUAUACACCAAUCGGAACAUGCUAAUAACUCGCAGGACGACAGCAACGAAGACGCUGCAGAGGGUCGGGCAGAGUGUGAUUUGUUCGCGAGUAAAUGGGACAACGACACCAGUGAGCAGAAUUUAGCUCGACUCGAUGGUACCAGUAGACCCCUAAAGAGACCACCAACACUGGAUGACUAUCUGCGCCUGGACGAUGAGGAUGACGAGGAGGACGAUCAUAACAACGCUGGCGAUCUCGAGACUGAGGGCCGUGAACCGCAGAAGAAGAAGAAGAAACGCGUACGCUGGGCCGAUGCAGAGGAACGGAAAGCUCAACGCCGGAUGCGUCAGAUGGGCUUUGUAGUCGGUGUAACGGACUGGUCGCGAAUGCUGGACCCAACCGAGGGUAGCAGUGCGCUGACACAGACGAAAUACAUCGAGCGUGUGAAGAAAGAUGGAAUGUAAGUUAUUGAUAGCGAACUAGCCGCAAGAGCGGAGCAUAAUAUAUGUUUGCGCUUUGGUGUACAGUUUUGUCCUAAGAGUAUAAGUAUAAUUUUAGCUGCCAAUUACGGCAUCAGAUUACUAAUAUACAUGCAUGUAGAGUUUGCUACGAAUUAUCA